CAGCCACCGGCUCAGCCAGCGUCGGGGCCGCCACGGCCGCUAGGUGUCGCCGGUGCCUGGGCCUCCCCCGCGGCCCCUCCUGCGCUCCGGCUGCCGGCGGGGCUGUCUCAGUGCGAGCCUCCGCGCUGGGAGCGGGCGGAGGCGUCAGCCCGCAGCGGAGACGCACAGCCAGGCUCGGCUCGCCCCUUCCCCGCAUAGCCCCGCGGCUCGGCCCGGCUAACGUGAGGCCAACCGAGCUGCUCUCGGCACCGCCAGCGGUCGGCUCACGAGCACGGCCUGCGGCCGCUCUCCGGCGGCGGCGGGGAGCCGCGGCGAGGCGAAGGCUGCGGCGGCGACGGGGAAGCAGCCAUGUUGGAGCGGGGAAUAAAGUGACUUUCGUCGGGGAGGGAGCGCGGCCGGCGGCCCAGCGGAGGCGGCGGCUCUCGGGACAGCGAGGGGAGGGGGAGGGCUCGGCUCGGCUCCCGGCGGCCGGAUACCGCUCCUGGGCGGAGGAGGAGGGAAAGGAGAAGGGGGAGAGGAACCGCCCCCGGACCCACGGAGCUCCGGCGCUGCUGGUCUUGCCCCCCCGCACACCCAAAAUAUGUAGGUUUCUGUGCGUGGCAUAAGAGUUUUUGUGCCCUGAGCUUUCAGUUCGUGGAUGACAGGAUACGUGAACAUUUGCUGACCGUGAACUUCUCUGAACUCCUCCCUCCUCUUCCUCUCUCAGAUAGAUGAUCAAUAGCAACAUUUUGUAGCUAUCAUGGCAUAGAUAUGAAGAGAGGAAGCCUGGUUUGACAUUCUUCCAUUCCCUCCCCUCCCUCCUUUUUUAAUUGUAUUAAUUGAACUGGAAACUAGAUGACCAGAGGUUAAAUACUUGGAAGAUGCGGGGCAGAAGAAAACAUUUAUGAAAUUACACUUAGUACCAAAUUCAGGCUUCCUUAAGCCAGACUUAAUAUUGAUAGAAUGAAAAAGUUUAAGAGGAGACUUUCCUUAACCUUGCGUGGAAGCCAGACCAUUGAUGAAUCACUGUCUGAGCUAGCAGAACAAAUGACAAUUGAAGAAAACAGCAGCAAAGAUAAUGGUGUGAGUAAUAAUGGAAGGAUCAGCUACAGUAAAGUGCAGCCUAUUGUGAAGAAUGGCAGGCCUCCAACGUCUCACAGCAUGCACUCAUUUCUCCACCAAUACACAGGAUCUUUCAAGAAGCCCCCUUUACGGAGACCACAUAGCGUCAUAGGGGGCAGCCUCGGCUCUUUCAUGGCAAUGCCCAGAAAUGGGAGCAGAUUAGAUAUUGUUCAUGAAAAUCUGAAAAUGGGAUCAGAUGGUGAAAGUGACCAAGCUUCUGGAACAUCAUCUGAUGAAGUUCAGUCUCCCACAGGUGUUUGUCUCAGAAACCGGAUACACAGACGAAUCUCAAUGGAGGAUUUGAACAAGCGUUUGUCCCUGCCUGCUGACAUCAGGAUACCUGAUGGCUAUCUUGAAAAGCUGCAGAUUAACAGCCCACCAUUUGAUCAGCCAAUGAGUCGACGUUCUCGUAGAGCAUCACUAUCAGAAAUUGGAUUUGGAAAAAUGGAAACCUAUAUCAAGUUAGAAAAGCUUGGAGAGGGUACUUACGCAACAGUUUAUAAGGGGAGAAGUAAAUUGACGGAGAACUUGGUAGCCCUGAAAGAAAUCCGCCUGGAACAUGAAGAGGGAGCACCGUGCACAGCCAUAAGAGAAGUGUCAUUAUUAAAAGAUCUGAAGCAUGCAAAUAUCGUUACAUUACACGAUAUUGUGCACACAGACAAGUCUUUGACUCUUGUUUUUGAAUAUCUGGACAAGGAUCUGAAGCAGUACAUGGAUGACUGUGGCAACAUCAUGAGUAUGCACAACGUAAAGCUGUUUUUAUACCAGAUUCUUCGUGGUUUGGCAUACUGUCAUAGAAGAAAGGUAUUGCAUCGAGAUCUGAAGCCACAAAAUCUCCUAAUUAAUGAGAAGGGAGAACUGAAGCUUGCAGACUUUGGAUUGGCCAGGGCGAAGUCUGUUCCUACAAAGACCUACUCCAAUGAAGUUGUCACAUUAUGGUACAGACCACCUGAUGUUCUCCUCGGAUCUUCAGAAUAUUCAACUCAAAUUGACAUGUGGGGCGUUGGAUGCAUAUUUUUUGAAAUGGCAUCAGGAAGGCCUCUUUUUCCUGGUUCAACGGUUGAAGAUGAACUGCACUUAAUUUUCAGACUUCUGGGAACCCCAUGUCAAGAAACAUGGCCAGGCAUUUCUUCCAGUGAUGAAUUUAGAAACUACAACUUUCCUAAGUAUAAACCACAACCCCUCAUCAACCAUGCACCAAGGCUAGACACUGAAGGGAUUGAAUUGAUAGCGAAGUUCCUUCAAUAUGAAUCGAAGAAGAGAAUUUCAGCAGAAGAGGCCAUGAAACAUGCAUAUUUCAGAAGUCUUGGAACAAGAAUACACACUUUGCCUGAAAGUGUUUCAAUAUUCAGUCUAAAAGAGAUUCAGUUGCAAAAAGACCCUGGCUUCCGAAAUUCCGCUUACCCUGAGACAGGUAUGGAAAGCUUAAGAUUUUCUCAUCUCUGCAAACGGAAUGCUGUGCCAGAAGCAUUUGGAACUGAAAAAUACUUUGUUAAAUUGGUCCGUAUGAGUGUUCUCAAACAAAUAAUAAUAACGGUUUGCUCAGAUUCCUGUCGAGACAUAUAAGCUAAGUGCACAGAAGGAGGUGAGUUUUACUAGGGAUGGGCAGAGGGACUGUUAAUACGAGAACAUCUUUGAGUUUGAAACCGUUCCUGUGUGGGUGUUGAAAGGGGGGGGGGGGAAAUGGCAGUAAGUGCAAUUAAAAGAAAGAUGCUGAUAUUAGUUUAAGCACAAAGAAAGGAUAUUCUUUUGAAACAGGCAGACAGAAGAUAUAGAUAAUAACUGAAUCCUCUGUUGUGCGAAUGCUUUGGUUUCUCACCGUGGUCCGUGUUCUGUUGUAGGACACGGGAAGAACAGAAGGCAGAGCAUGCUCUUUUAAAGUAGGCGAUGCAGAGUCGAGCCCAAGCCUAUCCUGUCAGUCCAGGACUCAGAUCUGAAGGCAGUGCUCUCUGUUGGUGGACUUGGAAUCGCAGUUUGUCUACACUGUCCUCUUCACAGUGGAGUCUUUUUAUUUCCAACCUGCAGAUUAUGUUUUUAUAUUUGUUGUCACAGUGUGACAAUUUUUUGUACAGUUGGUUUUAAGGUCUCCUCUGCCACUAGAGCCAGUAGGUUACAGCUGUUGAUGUAACUGUAGCUGCAAUUUUUGUGCAGGACUGAGAAACACAGUGCAUUAUUUAUUGCGGAAUCAUUGCUGCUAAAUAACUACUGUCUGUAUAGUUAACACAACAGUUCCAUGCCUGAAGAAGUUGCAAUGGCUUUAUAAUAUGUGAAUGCAUCUGUUUCUCUUCAUAAAAUGUUCUACUGCUGCGGGGUUUUUUUGUAUUUCUUAAACUGCAGUGUUUCCUGGAAUGUAAACAUAGCUUUGCUUGGCUAUAGGUGAACCAUCUUUAAUGCUCUAAGUUCAUGGCACUUAAUUCCUUAUUUAACGUUGGAAGUAUGCGUUGAAAUAGUUGAAAAAUUAUAAUGCAUAUUAUGUUUUUGAAAAGCACAUGGUGUGAAAGUUGAUGCAGACAAGUGAACAGUAACUAUUAUGUGCUCUCAGAUCCUCUGUUCAUUAUUGAUAAAUUAGAGCAUGGAGACUGGAUGAUAAACUUUGUCAGGCUUACUCCAGCAUAAGAUAUUUGCACAUUGUUGUGCAUAUGGGGCCUGCAGAAGCAAUGACUUUUCUACCUUGUUUUUAACUUAGAAAUACAAAUAGUUAAAGGAUGAUUCAUAUACGUUGGACCCUGGCUUACUUUUAGAAAUUUAGAAUCUCUUCGUUACAGAGGAACAGGAUAACUAAUUACAAGAACAUGGGAAUAAUGUCACAUUUCUCCCACCUUGUUGCUCUCUUAUUUGUGCAUUAUUCACUUGAAAUCAACUGGAAAGAUGCAAGUUUGUACUUGGUAAGAACUCACUAAACUACAGGGCUUUUACAGCGGGAACUUAGAGAGUUUUUCAGAUCUUAGAUGUUAUCUGUUUACCAGAGAUAGUAAACAUGUUACUACUACGCUUAUGCAUCUCAGUGAGUAUCAUAAGUACGCCCUUGGUGAUGGUUACAGUAUUUUUAAGCAUUUGUGUUCACCUUUAUGAACCUAUUUGUUUAGUGCAUCUUAAAGAGACUGUAAAUCUUUAUUGGUAUAUUUUGAAAUGGUCAUGUAAAUCUUUGGCUGGUAUAUCAUGAAAAUAGUCAUAGGUAACUUAAUUUUUCCUGACGUUCACUGUAAAACAUUCAGGGGUCCUACCAUUUCUGUUCAGGAAAUCUUGUAGUUUAUUGUUAUUUAACAGUAUUAAGUGAAUUUUUGUAUAUUUCAUUUUAACUUUAUUUGUGAAUAGUGAUUGUGGCAUGUUUGGGGGUGUUUUAUUAAUAUUUCAUUGAUACUGGUAAAUUUGAAUUGGUUUUGUUUUUUUUUUUUUUAUUUUCUGGAAGAGAGAAAUUCAUGUGUAAUGGUGACUAUUGGACCACUACUGCUUUUCAGCAUUUGUAAACCGGUUUUACGUUAAAUCUUGUAGACCUAACAAACUGCUGUUAUUUCUAACUGACCGACCUGUAUUAAUAUUGUACUUUUGAAAGUAUAAAUAUUAUGUGGAAUUCUUUGGUUUUGUUUUGAAAUUUAUAAUAACAAAGGCCCUGUGUUGUUAAAAAUACAGACUAAGUGAACUUGCGGUUCUUGGGGCGUUGUUGGAAACAUUUAGCUAGAUCUCUGUGUUGUGGGAGCCGUCAGUUUUAACUUUGGCCGCUUGUUAAUUCACGCAAUGCAGAAGUAGUGGCAGUGAAAAGUAACGCGACUCAUCCGUGACUGAGGCCAUUCAGGAUUUUACCGUAAACGUGGUCCGUAGUCUAAUUAUUAGCCAGUAAGUCCUGCAUGUCCCGCGGUGUCGGAAGUCUUGCCUAGGUCUAGGAGCGUGACACGUUUCUCCGAUAACGCGCGUGGCUCUCGCGCUGAUACCUGCAUGCAUGUGUGUGUGUCGGAGGCGCAUUUGGCACUGAUGAAAAACCUUUGUCCCAAAAUAGUUGUUAUAUAUUUUUUUAGAGUUGCUAUGGAUCUGAUCUAGAUUUUAUACUGAUUAACUUUGUAGGAAAUACGUUGUAGGCGUGAUGGUGUUGAAGAAAAAAGUAUCAGGAAAACAUCUUUUUUUUUUUUUUUUACAAAAGUAGUGAAGAUCUAGAGUAAAUGUUCACUGUGGAUAAAUGUGGGAUUUAGCAUUUCUAGAACCGUAAUAUUUUAUAGGUCAUAAAAGAGCAAGUAAUAAUGUGACACUAAUGGGUAAAGGACUUAAAGGUUUAACUGGUAAAAUUAAGUGCAUUAACAAAUUUUGUUAGCUGCAGCUGAUCCCUUUCUAAAGGAGGUUUCCAUUUUAAGUAGGAAUUCAGCUUUUUUGUUACAGCUGAAAAGAUCUUCCAUAAAAUUAAAGCACUCUGUUUAUAAGGAGAUUUUUCUAAGGACCUGCAAGUGAAUCAGUUUGCUUUGUUAGGAGGUAGCUUUAAAACAACGUAUUUCUUAAGAAACUCGGCAUCUGUGAUCAAGCCAGUUUCAGCGCGGGGUGGGUUUUUUCUGUCUAUAAUUGAAACUCCUGCAUCAGCAGAGGCAGUUCUGUGGCAGCUGCCUGUUUGGGGCAGUAGUCAGUGAGUCUGAAGUCACUGGGCAUUUCUCUGACAUCCUUUUUGUGCAAUUCAGUGUUCGGCCUCCUGUCUGACAGCAUCAGGCACUACGGACUUGGUUUCACUGUCCCAAGAGCUGUAGGGAGUGUUGGCCUUUUUGGGAGAAGACUUCGACCGUGACAGAAACCAAGCAGGUAGUCGCUAAAAACGGAUGACUUUCAAGAUUUGGUAUGACAACCUUUGCUUGAAGAUGAGUGAUGAGUUAAUGAGAAAUGGCCUGCAAGUUGUUGCUGAUGAAGUAGUUGUUUUUAGAAGAUAGCCGGCGUAUCCCAUCUACCCCAGGGCAGGAAUGGCAAGAGGUGUGUAUAGGUGCGCGUACGAAUGAGGUGGGCUUGAAGCCAGGAAGGAGGCAGGUGGUGAUGAAGUUGCAUGGACACGCAGGUGACGGCUGGAGGGGAGAAAGGGUGGGUGGAGGACGGGUAAUUACGGGGCAAGAGGGAGUGGGAGGCUGUUGAAGGGGCAAAGCAGCUGCUCAGCAAUGCGCCAGUGGAACGUGCAUCUCAACACAGCUGUGUUAUUUUUGUGCUGCUUUACCACAGCAUUAAGAAGCCAGAGUGUAUCCCUGAAUUGGGCAAUAAAAGUUAAAAUAAAUGAUUAUUAAAGAAUCGACA